AGUUGAGCAACUGCACCGACAACACGGACGCCGAGGACUUUACUCACGUUUCCACGGCGGCAUCUUUCAGAAAAAUGUGUUUUGGACAUGAUUUUUUCUCCACCCUCUCCUCUGAUAGAGCAUUUAUUUGCAGGAAAGCCCCGAGGAUGAACUUUAUUUAGGACGCAUCACUGCUUCUGCAGGUGAUCUGAGGUCCAGCAGCUUCUUCUUCUUCUUCUUCAGCAGAUUAGCGCUCAUCGCUUCUGUUCAAGGGCCUGACGGAGGUGGAGGACGAUGGGGGCCGCCGGUGUUUCCCCCCUGCUGUGUCUCCACCUGCUGGGCUUCAUGUCGGCGGUGUCGCCCCUCAACCCGGACGACCCCAACGUCUGUAGCCACUGGGAGAGUUAUGCCGUGACGGUGCAGGAAUCGUACGCUCAUCCAUUCGACCAGGUUUACUACACCCGCUGCACCGACAUCCUCAACUGGUUCAAGUGCACCAGACACAGGAUCAGCUAUAAAACGGCGUACAGACGAGGAGUUAGAACGAUGUACCGACGGCGUUCUCAGUGCUGCCCAGGAUUCUACGAGAGUGGAGACCUCUGUGUCCCGUUGUGUACUGAAGAAUGUGCUCAUGGACGUUGUGUUUCUCCGGAUACCUGCCAGUGUGAACCAGGCUGGGGAGGCCUCGACUGCUCCAGUGGCUGUGAAAGCGACUUCUGGGGUCCCCACUGCAGUAACCGCUGUCAGUGUCGCAACGGCGCCAAAUGCAACCCGAUAACGGGCGCCUGCGUCUGCACCGACGGCUUCCAGGGCUGGCGCUGCGAGGAACCCUGUGAUCCCAACUUCUACGGGAAGGACUGUCUGCUGGAGUGCCAGUGCCUCAACGGCGCCACCUGCCAGCACCAGACCGGAGAGUGUCUCUGCGCUCCAGGAUACACCGGAGCCUUCUGUGAGGAACCGUGUCCUCCUGGUAAACAUGGUUCUCUGUGUGAACAACGAUGUCCCUGUCAGAACGGAGGAACCUGCCAUCACGUCACCGGAGAGUGUUCCUGCCCCGCCGGAUGGGUGGGUCCAGUCUGUGCCCAGCCGUGUCCGUUCGGAUCUUUCGGUAUCAACUGUUCUGAGGACUGUUUGUGUCGUAACGGAGGUCUCUGCGAUCACAUCAGCGGUCAGUGCCAGUGCACCGCCGGCUACAUCGGAGAGAGGUGUCAGGAGGAGUGUCCGGUCGGGACUUAUGGACCUCAGUGUGCUCAUAAGUGCGACUGUCAGAACGGAGCUAAAUGCUACCACAUCAACGGAGCUUGUCUCUGCAACGAGGGCUUCAAAGGUCCCAGCUGCCAGGACCGCUUCUGUCCAGCCGGACUCUACGGACUCAUCUGUGAUAAAUCCUGUCCCUGUAGGACCACCACCACCCUCAGCUGCCAUCCUCUGUCAGGUGAGUGCACCUGUGCAGCCGGGUGGGCGGGGCUUUACUGCAACGACACCUGUCCGUCAGGUUACUACGGCGAUGGCUGCAAGGAGACGUGCAGCUGCAUGAACGGAGCCGACUGCGACGGCGUCACCGGAGCGUGUAGCUGUGCACCUGGAUUCAUAGGCGACGACUGCUCCAUCAGCUGCCCUUCAGGCCUCUUCGGGACCAACUGCACCUCGUCGUGUUCCUGCCACAACGAGAUCUCCUGCUCCCACGUCGACGGAUCCUGCGUCUGUAAAGAAGGCUUCCAGGGCGUAGAUUGCUCCAUCCUCUGCUCCAGUGGAUUCUGGGGUCUGAACUGUAACCAGACGUGUCGCUGCAGCAACGAAGCUUCCUGUGAUCCAGUUAACGGGAGCUGCAGCUGCUCAGCCGGAUGGAGGGAGGAAUUCUGCGACGUUCCCUGUCCGGAAGGAUCUUUCGGUCUGGACUGCAGAGAACGCUGCGACUGUCUGAACUCUGACGGCUGCGACCCGGUGACCGGAUUCUGUCGCUGUCUGGCCGGUUGGACCGGCGUCCACUGCGACAGCGUUUGUCCGGAGGGCCGCUGGGGACCGAACUGUUCCUAUAGCUGCACCUGUGAGAACGGAGGAUCCUGCUCACCUGAGGACGGCACCUGCGUCUGCACACCUGGAUACCGAGGCACCAACUGCAGGAGAGCUUGUUCUCCGGGGUUCUUCGGCCAGCGCUGCAGCCAGUCGUGUCCUCAGUGCAUCCACAGCGACGGGCCGUGUCACCACGUCACUGGACGCUGCGAGUGUCUGUCUGGGUUCUAUGGGUCGCUGUGCAACCAAGUGUGUCGCAGUGGGAAGUUCGGUAAAGCCUGCAGCGAGUCGUGUUCCUGCACCAACAACGGAACCUGUAACCCCAUCGAUGGUUCCUGUCAGUGUUUCCCUGGAUGGGUCGGAGACGACUGUUCCAGACCGUGUUCUCAGGGCUCCUGGGGUCCAGACUGCAUCCACACGUGUAACUGUCACAAUGGAGCUCAGUGCAGUGCUGCAGACGGAGAAUGUAGCUGCAGCCCUGGAUGGACGGGACUGUACUGUACACAACGUUGUCCGACGGGUUUCUUCGGUUCUCAGUGUUCUGAAGUGUGUCGCUGUCAGAACGGAGCCGACUGUGAUCACAUCAGCGGUCAGUGUUCCUGCAGAACCGGAUUCAUCGGACCGAGCUGUGAGCUCAAGUGUCCCGCCGGUUCGUUCGGCUACGGCUGCCAGCAGCUCUGUGAAUGUCUGAAUAACGCCACCUGCGACUACGUUACUGGAACCUGUUACUGCAGCAUCGGAUUCAAGGGGAUCCGCUGUGAUCAGGCGGCCCUGACGAUGGAGGAGCUGAACCCGUACACUAAGAUCAGUCCGGCUCUGGUGUCGGAGCGCCAGUCGGCUGGCGCCGUCCUCGGCAUCGUCUUCCUGCUGCUGCUCAUCGUGGUCAUGCUGGGUCUGGUCGUCUGGUUCCGCUACCGGCAGCGGGAGAAGGGAGGUCAUGUUCCCAACGUCACCUACACCCCAGCCCUGCACAUCAACUCCACCGACUACUCCCUGUCAGCAGGUCUCCAGCGUUCAGGCCUCCUCUCCUCAGAGGAAUCUUCUCCCAGCAGCAGCUGCUUCUCCAACCCCAGUUACAGAACUCUGGGUCCCUGCAGCUACUCGGCUCAUUACGCCAAACCGGACAAGAGGAGCAGCAAGAUGAAGGUGAAGAAGCGCCACAGGAACAGCGCUCCAGAGUGGGGAGCUUACUGUAACCUCAGCGACAUGGGAGUUUAUUGCAUCGACCGGCGCUACAGCUACCACCUGGAGCCUUGCUACAGAGAAUACAUGAAGGGCUCGUUGUCCAGCACCUGCUCCCUGAACAGCGAGAAUCCCUACGCCACCAUCAACGACCCCCCGACUCUCUGCAAACACUCGGAGAGCAGCUACGUGGAGAUGAAGUCUCCGGCUCGCCACGAACACGUGACGCACUGCUGCUCGGCCGCCGCCAUCAUCACCACGACAACCAGCACCACGGCGCCCUCCAAGAACGUCUACGACAUGGAACCCACCAUCAGCAUCGUUCAGGGUUCUGGUACCAUCGUGGUUCCUGGUUACCCUCAGAACCCAUACGACCUGCCCAGGAACAGCCACAUCCCGAGUCACUACGACCUGCUGCCAGUUCGUCCGAGUCCUUCCCACAGCCAGAGUCCCCCCCUGCCCGGCAGCCCCACCAGCUCGCUGCUGUAGACCCACCCAGAGCUCCCAGUUCCAGCCGGAGCUCCCAGUUCCACCCGGAGCUCCCAGUCCACCCGGAGCUCCCAGUUCCACCCAGAGCUCCCAGUUCCACCCAGAGCUCCCAGUUCCAGCCGGAGCUCCCAGUUCACCCGGAGCUC